AACGUCAAAAAAUACGCCUUAUUUAUAUAGAAAUUUAAAAUAGCAAUCUAAAAAACUAUUAUUUGCAAUUUAAUAGUGGGAUAAUUUUUAGGAAAAUACUGGCAACAUCCUUCCCCGUUCUUUCAUUUCCAAAAAGUUCACAAGUUUAGGUAUGGCUGACACGCCUUCCACAGCACCCAAGGCGAAAGCGCCUAAAACAAAAGCGCCCAAGGAAAAGGCGCCAAAGGCUGCUCCCGCAGCGCCUGCUGAACCCCCAAAGGCGGUACGCAAAGUAUCGUCCAAACCUCGUCAUGGUAGGCUCUACGCUAAGGCUGUGUUCACAGGCUACAAACGAGGUCUACGUAACCAACACGAAAACACUGCUCUCCUAAAGAUUGAAGGUGCGCGUGACCGUACCGAUGCAGUUUUCUAUGCUGGCAAGCGAUGUGUAUAUGUAUACAGAGCUAAGAAGAGGACCCCCAUUGCUGGAGGACCUAAGGGUAAGAAGACCAAGCUGCGAGCGAUCUGGGGCAAGGUGACACGCCCACAUGGCAACUCUGGCAGUGUCCGUGCCCGUUUCAAGUCCAACCUGCCUGCACACGCUAUGGGACAUAGGAUACGAGUGAUGCUGUACCCAUCCAGGAUCUAAGAACCUGACCUGUAAUAUAAGUCUAAAUAAAAACAAAAAAAAACCAAAACAAUGUUUCAUUGGAUACCCUGAAAAAUUUUUUAUUUGUAAAUAAUUAUUGUGUCCCACAAAAGAACAAAUGCAGUUAUAACGAAAUAAGUUAUUUUGGCCUAAAAGUUAAACUACUGUACCAAUGUUGAUAAAAAUUUCAUGGGACCAAUCUGUAAUACUUUCAGAUAAGAAUUUUCCAAAUUAGUUUAAAAUUGAAAGAGUUAAAACUAAAGAAGAUAACAAAUAAAUAAAAAACAAACACUUUAAA